GCCUAGGAGGCGGGGCCUCCAGGAGCGCCCGGAAAGCUCGUGGACCAGAGCGGGGCCUUCCUUUCGGAUCCGCCAUCUGCGGUGGAACCGCCGCCAAGAUGCAGAUUUUCGUGAAGACCCUGACGGGGAAGACCAUCACUCUCGAGGUCGAGCCCUCGGAUACAAUAGAAAAUGUAAAGGCCAAGAUCCAGGAUAAGGAAGGAAUUCCUCCUGACCAGCAAAGACUGAUCUUUGCUGGCAAGCAACUGGAAGAUGGACGUACUUUGUCUGACUACAACAUUCAAAAGGAGUCCACUCUUCAUCUAGUGUUGAGACUUCGUGGUGGCGCUAAGAAAAGGAAGAAGAAGUCUUACACCACUCCUAAGAAGAACAAGCAUAAGAGAAAGAAGGUUAAAUUGGCUGUUCUGAAAUACUAUAAGGUGGAUGAGAAUGGCAAAAUCAGUCGCCUUCGCCGGGAGUGUCCCUCAGAUGAAUGUGGUGCUGGAGUUUUUAUGGCCAGUCACUUUGACAGACAUUAUUGUGGCAAAUGUUGUCUGACCUAUUGUUUCAACAAACCAGAAGACAAGUAAUUGUAUAUUGGUUAAUAAAGAUAUGAGCUAACAUGUAAA